AUGGAAAAGCAUUCUCUAUACUUUAUCCACAAGGGAAGACAGCUUGAUUCUAUCACAGCUGAAUUUACGAAAGAAGUCGAAAGUUACCCCAACUUCGAUUAUCUCAAAACGCAUACCACCGUAUUUGGCGGUCAGUAUUGGGUAGUUCACAUUUCCUCAUUGACCAACCUACCUCUUCACAUCAGCAAAGAACCCAUAGAAGAGGUUCGGAAAAAGGAAGGUAUUCAAGGUUUUGGCGAGGGUCCCAGAUUGAAAGAUGUAAAUGGCAAGGUUGUAUUUUCAAUUGCCAGGUUGGACCAGUUUUACAUAAACCCUAUUCCAGAAUCCAGGAAGGCAGAUCGUGACAGGUUGUGGGGCCUGCGUUGUCUUCAAAUAAAAGAUGAACGGAUCCCACUUGAUUUUCCUAUUUCCAGAAUUUUGCUGGACAAUCCACAAAAGGUUUUCUAUGAUCUGAAGCUGCUGUUUGAAGAGAUCGACUCUACUAUACAUGUUGGUCUCGAAGCGAGAUACAAGAAGCCCCAGUGUUUUGAAUCGAUGACUCCAGGUAAUAUUGCUUGUCCUGACGCUUCACUAUCUGAAUUUGUACAGCUUCAGUUGGUUCUGAAAGAUGCCGAAUUUUCAGAAGGUUCCCUUGACUCUCUAUCUGUGAUACUAGAGGAGCACACAACAUGUCCGGUUGCGUUCGAAGAUGAGAUUCGAAUGCUGAAAGAUGUUCGAACAACCAUUGCUCAAAAGAAUGACUUUUCAUUGGUUCCCACUGGUACAUGUUGGGAAGUUCGGGAUCAAUCACUCAACACUUUGGAUGGUACACUUCAAAUUGCAGUUUCGGACCGUUUAGCAGUAUUCAAAAGCGGCUAUUACCCGCUAAACAUCCUCCACUUUCAUGACUUGGACUUGAUUGCAACAUACUUAAGAGGAAAGUAUGUUCUUCCAGGUAUGUCGUUUGAAUCAAUAGUCUCGCUCAAAGUAGACUACUCUGGCGAAAAGGCGCCUAAGGUCGACUACAUUUCGAUACAACUUAUUGAACAGACGGUAAGGCUCACCAGAAGUGGACCGUUAUCUGAGAAAAGACACAUUCACUUGGCGUACCAGCACGAGGUCAAAACCACCUUCACCAUUGCCUCUUGCCUCCGCUUCAGUCUUCCACCAUUCGCACUCACCAUCAACUCCACCUUCUUCAUGAUAGGUAUCGACGUCGGCAGCAACGCCGUCCGGAUAAGCUACAAUGGCCGGGUCGGAUCCAAGCCGUUGGUCAGCACGGUCAGCGGAUCCAAGCACACCUUGUCAAUUGGCCAUCUCUGGCUGCAGAUCACCACUUUGCUCCAGGAGCUUGAAGGGGAGUCGAAGAUGCGUGAAGCAGACAGAUCUGAAGAGGAGGGGAUCAAAAAGGGAUCAGGGGGCGACGAUUCAGAGGAAUUGAGGUCUGGAGGUGCUGGAGGUGCUGGAAACAGCAGUUCUGCUGGAAUCACCGAUUGUGCUGAUAUCAACGGUUCUGGUGAAAAACAAGGCCAAAGCAAAUCUAAGGAGGACAGCGUCCAGGAGCCCGCCGUCUUUGUCGCCGCCACGUGCUCAAUGGCGGUGGUGGAAAAAAUCCAAACGGAAAACGGCACUUUCUACGAACCGCUAGACGAGGAGAUCAUAGUGUGGAUGGACUCUCGCGCCAAACGCCAGGCCAAGUGGUUGAACGAAAAGCUCCCGCAGGACGUUCUCGCCCAGAUCGGCGGCCGGGUCACGCCCGAGUUGGGCAUCGCCAAGUUGAAGUGGGUCGACGAAAAAUACAAAAACAGCGGCCGGGACGUUGUGGUUUUUGAGUUGUACGACUGGGUGAGUUAUCUUUUCGCAGCCGGCGGGAUGGCAGACGGUCUAGUGCGGUUUUUGGCGCCGGAGGCGCUGUUUGGGCCCGGUUCGCACGCCAUGGACGGCCUGGCGAAGGGGUGGUCUGACGAGCUCUUGGAGGAGUUAGGCAUUCUGGUUCGCGUAGGGGCGCUCUGCGAUGUCGGUUUUGGCGGUGGAUUUGAAUCUGGAGGGGAAAAUAGGGGUGGCAGUGUGGAAUCAGAGGGUGCUCUGUUGGCUGGGUCCUGUACCCUCGAAGAGGCAGAAGCGAGGGAGGUGAAGGUGGAGGACAAAGUAAAGGCAAAGGCGGAGGCAAAGGCGAAGGCGAACGUGCCAAAGACAAAGGCCAAAACAAAGAAGAAGGUGAAAUCAAAGACGAUUGAAGAAGCAAAGCCAGAGCUUGGUGCUACUUCCCGAGAAGAUGACGAUGUUGGUUCUGGGUCACUGGCUGCGAAAUCUGGGGAACUGAGUCUGAGGGAGGAGUCUGCCACAAAACCAAAAUCUACGCCAAAAUCAAAGAAGGCUCUGAAAGCUCCAAAGUCUCCGAAGGAGUCCGUGGAACUGACCGAAAAGCCAGCGACGAAGAAGCAGUCCAAGCCCAAGAAGGCCAAAGCAGAGGCAGAGAAGAAUGGUUCAGGAUCUGCGUCUGAGAGGGCUUUGAGUACCCAGAGGACCCCGAGUGCAACUCCAGAGCAGAAAGCUGAUCCGAAGAAAAAGAAGCCUCCAAAGGCUUCAAAGGCUCCAAAGGCUCCAAAGGCUCCAAAGGCUCCAGCACCAAGUGCUCCAGAUCCAGAGGUAUUGACUCCAAAGGUUCCAACUCCACGGGUUCCAAAGCUGAUGGAAUCAAACGAGAGUAGAGCCGGCACACCAAAACAUGGUAAGGCUCCGAAGUCUGCAAAACAGAAAAAGGCUCCAAGUCUGGGCACUGUGACUCCAGAACCUGCAAAGAAGAAGUCCCCAAAGCCGAAGAAGAACAAGGCAGCCGGAAAGCCAAAAGAGAAAAAGGUUGAUAGCCAAGAGGAUUCUGGAAGCAAAGUACCGAUUGAGAAGUCAAACCUGCCUGUUCCCAAGAAAGCUAGCAAAAGCAAGCCAAAGAAGGAGCUCCCAAAGAAGGAAAAGCCUUUGGAGAAUGAGUUUUCUUCUAAGAAUGAAGCUUCCUCGACGCUGGAGAAAUCUUCAAAGAAGGGGAAGACUCCGAAGGUUAAGACCCCACCAAAGGCCAAAAGUCCUUCUCCAAAAGCAAAGAAUCCUCCAAAAGCGAAGAGUCCUCCAAAGGCAAAGACCCUACCAAAGAUGGAGCUUUUUCCAGAGAAUACUCCAAAGACAGAAGGCCCUCCAAAGGCGAAGAAAUCUAAAAAGCCCUCGAAGUCAAAGGAACCACGAUCCAAGUACCUGCUUGACUUCUUCCCCAAAGCUGGCGAACCCAUUGCCAAAAAUCGGUACCUUGGAGGAGUCGUUUUGCAUGGCUGCAUUGACUGCUACGCUGGCGUCGUUGCUCAAAGUAAACUUUCUUCCAACAAUCAAAACGACAUUGCCACUUUGGAUAUGGUUGCCGGCACGCUGACAUGCUUUAUUGCCUCAAUUCCUAAAUCUACGGAACCAAUUGACGGUCUUUGGGGACCGUUCGAUCAGCUCAUGUCCACGCCAGUGUACGCCUUUGGACAACCAGCUACAGGCAAGAUGUUUGCCGAAUUGCUGAGCGAAUCAGAAACAGAUUUUGACACUUUGGAGAAACACCUCAGACAUGCGGAAAAAGAGACAAGGAGGACCAUGACGAAUAUCGCAAAGCACCACUUGUACUAUGGAGAUCGCUACGGUAACAGAAGUCCCUAUGGAGAUUUUGGUAUGGAUGAGAUAGUAGUCACUGGACAUAAUGCAGACCCACGUUUAUUCAAUCUUGAAGCCAACAGUCUCCAGUACUACUGCCUCAUGGAAUUUCUUGCAUUCCAGACGAGGCAAUUGGUGGAUAGACUAGGUCCUUUAGAUGUGGUGAGAGUUAGUGGAUCACAGGCGAAGAACAAACGGUUUAUGAGACUUCUCAGUGAAUUUUCCUUCUGUGGAAAGCUGCGUCCUGAAGUUCGUAUAAGCGGUGGUGAUACUACGGUUUCCGGUGCCAUUGCUGGGUCUAUCAUCGGUGGUGACUAUGAUGCUGCUGUUGAGGAUGAGGUUUUCGAAGCAAAGCCUUUGCUGACCGUGGAAAAAGAUGUUUUGGAGAAGAAGUACAAAUUUUUCCUUGAACUCAGCGAUUGGCAGCACCGGUUCCGCCAGGUCAUGAGGGAAAAACCUCCAAAGCGUGAAGGAAACUAG